UGUGAUGCUCUUCAUCUUUUGGCCUAAACACGAGUAUCCUGGUUUGACGCCUGUAUGUUAAGAGUUCACCGUUGGACAGUUGGAAACUCUUGGAAAGCUUAAGACCUGCAGACAGAAAAGAACAGAGCUGAAGCACACUCGAUGAGCGAGCCGACAACAAACAGACUAAAACUGUAUUCAGAUGCAUUGAUCAUUCGUGGCUUUCCGAAUCACCGGAGGAUGGAUGGCCCAGGGUUAGCCCACUACUCUACGCUCGCCUGCUUUCUCUUUCUGAUGAGCCCCUUGCUGGUGUGGAGCCAAAACGACACAGAGCCCAUUCUGCUGGAGGGCAAGUGUUUAGUGGUGUGCGACUCCACACCCACCGCCGAACCCUCUGGGAUCGCUUUGGGAAUGUCCGUGCGCUCUGGGACCGGUCGCAUCGCCUUCUCGGCUGUCCGGAACAACAACCUUGAACCGUCUGAGAUGAGCAACCGCACCAUGACCAUAUACUUUGACCAGGUUCUGGUAAAUGUUGGGAGUCAUUUCGAUCCAGCUCGCAGUAUUUUCGUGGCUCCGAGGAAAGGAGUGUACAGCUUCAGUUUCCACGUGGUGAAAGCUUACAACAGACAGACAAUACAAGUGAGUCUAAUUUUGAACAGUUGGCCGGUGAUCUCAGCCUUCGCUGGCGAUCAGGACGUCACGCGAGAGGCGGCGACUAACGCGGUAUUGGUUACCAUGGAGAGAGGAGACAAAGCUUACCUCAAACUGGAGAGAGGCAACCUGAUGGGAGGCUGGAAAUACUCCACAUUCUCUGGCUUCCUUGUUUUUCCUUUAUAGAGCGAAUGUGAGAGACAUGCAUGCAGACAGACAUAACAAAUACUUGUUUAUUAGUUAUAGUCACACUGACGAUGAAAAAUCAUCGUUACAUUAUUCAAUAUUCAAGCAGAUUUGUGUAAAAACUGAAACUGAUGAAUUUUGUUGGACAAUAUGUCAAAUAAAUAUUCUACGUUA